AUGACCACAUCUCGUAAAUCGCAUACGAAAGACAGAAAAGCUGGUGACGAACAGGAGCUGGUGGACUUGAAGUUUAAGUAUGAUCUUCUGACGAAUGAGCUUUUUCAUUUAAAAGAGUUUGUUUCACUGGUAGACUACGAUCCAACUUAUUUCAAUGACUCUGAAAGUUACCAGAAAUUUCUCAAGGAAACUCACUUAUCACUAGAGCAGAGAGGAGACGAUCCUGCCAAUGAUUCAAUGAGGAAAAAUACAAAAAGUGACCUCAAUCGAAGGAGACGUAAUCUCAGGACAUCGACAGUUGUUAGCUCAGAUACAACUAAUGAGAAAAAGGGCGAUAUAGAACUAAAGCUGGAAGCUAUCGCACCACUAGUACGAAAGAAAUGUGAAGAAUUAAAAUACAGGCUAAAUGAUUAUUCAAAUACCAAAACUUUGGUACCGCAAAAAAGGUCGAUAAAGCAUUUGAAGAAGAAAGAGGCUACAAGGGUUUUGAAGUUAAAAAGCGAAAGAAACGAAGAGUUACCAUCAUCACCUGCACAUAAAAAUGAAGAGAAUUAUGAUCACAUUUCCAAAGUCGAAGAUACUUCUGACGUUUUCACGAUAAAGUAUUCCUCUGAUGAUGGCUCCAUUGAAAACGCUAGUGAACAUUUUAGUGAUAACUUUUAUUUCACCACAUCCUCUGAAGAGGAGAAUAUAAAGAAGAAAAGGGGUAGAAAGAAAAAAAAGCCCAGGAUAAAGCUAGUAGUGCAACCUCCGAAGCAAACAAUAACAAAUCCGUUGCAUGUAAUCAAUCCUGAAUACAAAAACUUGCAUGAGUACAUCAAUUCUUUUAAGUCCCUAGAGGAAGAUCUAACUCUUGGGGAAUACAGUCGAUAUAUCGAUGAACAAAGAGAGGUCUUAUCAAGGCUUAGAAAAGGUGUUGAAAAUGGUGCGUUAAAAUACGACAAAGAAACGGAUUCACUGCAACCUAUAACAUCAAAAGAGAUUAAGAUAAUUCUAGCAUAUAAACCAGAUCCGAUUUCGUAUUUUUAUAAACAACAAGACCUACAAGUCCACACAGAUCAUUUAAUUAACCAAGGUGUUUACAUGAGUAAGCUGUUUAGAAAUUCGACAAAAUCAAGAAUUGCAAGAGCUAAGAAAGUUUCUCAAAUGAUAGAACAGCAUUUCAAACACGUAGCAGGUGCAGAAGAAAGGAAAUUGAAGGAGGAGGAGAGGCACAAAAAAUCGUUGGCAAGGUUUGCUGUUCAGGCUGUUAAAAAAAGAUGGAACAUGGCCGAGAAGGCUUAUAGGAUUCUAAGGAAAGAUGAAGAAGAACAAUUAAAAAGGAUUGAGGGUAAACAACAUCUUUCUAAAAUGUUAGAGAAGAGUACUCAGUUGCUGGGUGCUCAACUAAACCAGACAAAUGAGGAUGGGAAAAGCAGUAAUUCAUCUUCUGACUCAGACAACAUAUUGAGUGAAAGUGAUGUUGAUAUGGAUGAUGAAUUAUCAACAUCUUCCGAUGAUGAUGAUGAUGAAAUUGAGCUGAAAAAUAAGCCAACAGUAACGGGAGCUACUCCGACGGACGAAUCAUUAAAUUUAACACAAUCGAAGGGAAAAAAUGAACUUCUUGAUGGAUCGUCUAUAGUAUAUGAAUCUAACAAUAGAGAUGUGAAUCCUCAGUCAUUAGAAGAACAUGAAAGUACAACCAGUGAAAAUUCUAUAAUGACAGGAGAGGAGUCGUCGAUCUAUUCGUCCUCGGAAAGUGAAAGUCAAAACGAAAAUGAUCAUGAAUCAACCGAUAGAACACCAUCAGUAGGUUUAAAAGCGCUCUUCGGUAAAGGUGAAGAGUCAAAUGGAGAAUUGGAUCUUGAUGAUAGUGAAGAUUUUACAAUCAACAAUUCAUCCGAAGAAAGUGAAGAAUUUGAAAAGGAGGAAAUGGCGGAUUUGACUGAUGAUGUUGAAACAGUGAACAAACUUGAUCAUAUUCAAAGUGAAAACAGACAUGAUGUAAAAGAUGUUGCGGAAGAUGCCCAAAAAAAUAUACAAGAAGAGCAGCUAUCAGUGGUGGAUGUGCCUGUGCCACCUUUAUUGAGAGGGGACUUAAGAACUUAUCAAAAACAAGGUUUGAACUGGUUAGCUUCUCUGUAUAACAACCACACAAAUGGUAUCCUGGCAGAUGAAAUGGGCUUGGGUAAAACUAUUCAAACAAUUUCUCUACUAGCAUACUUAGCGUGUGAAAAGGAAAAUUGGGGGCCACAUCUUAUCGUUGUACCUACAUCGGUGUUAUUGAAUUGGGAGAUGGAGUUCAAAAGGUUUGCACCGGGGUUCAAAGUCUUGACAUACUACGGUUCCCCUCAACAACGAAAAGAGAAGAGGAAAGGUUGGAAUAAGCCAGAUGCUUUCCACGUUUGUAUUGUUUCUUACCAAUUAGUAGUCCAAGACCAGCAUUCAUUCAAGAGAAAGAGAUGGCAGUAUAUGGUACUGGAUGAGGCUCAUAAUAUCAAAAACUUUAGAUCAACAAGAUGGCAAGCACUCUUGAACUUCAACACACAAAGAAGGUUGUUGUUGACUGGUACACCUUUACAAAAUAAUCUCGCAGAGCUGUGGUCACUGUUAUACUUCUUAAUGCCGCAGACAGUCAUUGACGGAAAAAAAGUGUCUGGAUUUGCUGAUCUUGAUGCAUUCCAACAAUGGUUUGGACGGCCCGUCGAUAAGAUCAUUGAAACUGGUCAGAAUUUCGGACAAGACAAGGAAACAAAGAAGACCGUUGCCAAGUUACAUCAAGUUUUACGACCAUAUCUUUUAAGAAGAUUGAAGGCAGAUGUUGAGAAACAAAUGCCAGCUAAGUAUGAGCAUAUUGUUUAUUGUAAGUUAUCGAAAAGACAAAGAUUCUUAUACGAUGAUUUCAUGUCGAGAACUCAAACAAAGGCAACUUUAGCCAGUGGUAAUUUUAUGUCCAUUGUCAACUGUUUGAUGCAACUGAGAAAAGUGUGUAACCAUCCCAAUUUAUUUGAGGUGAGACCGAUAUUAACUUCAUUUGUCCUUGAGCAUUGUGUGGCCGCUGACUACACUAUUGUUGAAAAGACGGUUCUUAAAUUGCUUCAGAAGAACAAUCAACUUAAUCAAAUUGAUUUAGAUUUCAUGAACUUAGUGUUUACUAACAAUGACAAAUAUUUAACUUCUUACCAAGCGAAGGAGGUUUCUGAACUGGCGUGUGUGAAUGAUUUCAUCGAAGAAGUUAACAAAUUGAAGGAAACUAAUAAACAACUUCAGGAGGAAUUUGAAGAGACUUCUUUAAAUUUUCAAGAUGCAAAUCAGUAUUUCAAUUAUUCUAAUCAACAGAAAGUUGAAGGAACACUUAACAGGCUGAACUUUUUAAAGAUGGUAAACAGGCUGAGGUGUGAUAGGAGACCCAUUUUUGGUAAGAAUCUGAUUGAGCUAUUAACGAGAGAUAGGAAGAUAGCAUACGAAAAAUCAAGGAUUCUUGAUGAAGAAUUGAUAAAACCAUUGCAAACUAGAGCGUUAGACAACAGAAAGAUUAUAGACACCUUUGCAGUUUUAACGCCUAGCGCUGUUUCAUUGGAUAUAAGAAAGUUAACUUUAGGACUAAAUGAUGAUAGUUCAAUAAAUGUAAACACGAAGCAGAAGAUAUUAGAGAAAUGCAUUGAAGUAGCUAAUCCCUUGCACCAACUGCAAACCAAAUUAACAAUUGCAUUCCCAGAUAAAUCCCUACUUCAAUACGAUUGUGGUAAACUCCAGAAAUUAGCAAUUUUAUUACAACAACUAAAGGACAAUGGCCAUAGGGCCCUUAUUUUCACACAGAUGACAAAAGUUUUGGAUGUUCUCGAACAGUUUUUAAAUUAUCACGGUUACUUGUAUAUGAGACUAGAUGGUGCCACGAAGAUUGAAGACCGACAAAUUUUAACGGAGAGAUUCAACACUGAUUCCAGAAUUACAGUAUUUAUUUUAUCAAGUAGAUCGGGAGGACUGGGUAUAAACCUGACUGGUGCGGAUACAGUUAUUUUUUACGAUUCAGAUUGGAACCCAGCCAUGGACAAACAGUGUCAAGAUAGAUGUCAUAGGAUUGGCCAAACUCGAGAUGUGCAUAUAUACAGAUUUGUCAGCGAGCAUACCAUAGAAAGCAACAUCUUGAAAAAGGCUAACCAAAAAAGACAACUGGAUAAUGUUGUUAUUCAAGAAGGUGACUUCACCACCGAUUAUUUCAGCAAACUUUCCGUAAGAGACCUACUGGGAACCGAAUUUCCCGAGAGUGUCUCAACUGAGGAUAAGCCGUUAAUAGCGAAUGCGGAUGUGGCAGCUAAAGACCCUAAACAACUUGAAAGAUUACUUGCGCAAGCUGAAGAUGAGGAUGACGUCAAAGCCGCCAAUUUGGCAAUGAGAGAAGUGGAAAUUGACAACGAGGACUUCGACGAAACUGCAGAAAGAAAAGCAGCGAAUGAAAAGGAUGAUGCUACUACUGAACUUGAUGAGUAUGAGGGUACUGCCCACGUUGAUGAGUACAUGAUCAGGUUUAUCGCCAACGGUUAUUAUUACUAA